CCCGUAUGAAAACUUUUUGGAUCCAUAUUAUACCAAUUCAAAAUUCAUUAUUCUGAUAUAUUUUUUUUAUUCAUUAAAAAGAAGGGUAACUCUUAAAAUUAAAACGGCAACAUAAUAUACUGAAUACAACAUAAAUAGACCAAGUUUCAGUUUCGGAUACAUUUCGGCGUUGGCAUCUUUCAUUUCCAUCAACCUGUCGGGUCGAGAUAGGUACCUAAAUGAUUUGUAGUAGCAGGGUAUAUAGUUUUAACGACGGCGUAUGGAUCCGCUACAGUUUCUUCGCGGCAAAGUGGCUAUAACUAAAAGUGAUACCUCCUCCGUUUAUCAAGGGGUUGAUGGAAAUUCAAAAUUUCACUUCCAAUACUACAGGAUUGACAUUUCGUAGGGAAAUGGUAUGUUGUCGCGUGAUAAUUUGAAGACCCUGUAUAUUGAGUAGGUAGGUACGUAAGACGAAAAAUUGAGGGGGAAAAACACAACGAAAAUAAAUCGUUCGGAACCAGAGUGUUGAACAAGCGCGCGCGCAUAAUCGAGCUGGGCGGCGGCAGCGGCAGAGCCGGACGCCCUUGAGUUGAGGUCGUCCGGCGGCCACCGCGACAGCAACAGGCGGGCGUUAAUCGUUCAAAAGCGUCAGUCGGCACUUUGGCAGCGUGCUCGUCCGGCGAUCAAACACACAAAUGUAGCAGAAGAGAACGAGGGCAACGACGACGACGACGACGGGCCGCCAAACGAACCGACCGACAUGGACCGCAUAUUCCGGGGCAUAAUGAAGUACAGGCAAACGAACAGGAAGAAAAUGGUCGAACAGUUUGUGCACGUGAAAAAUCAUCCGGAGGUAAGCCGAUUGUAAUGCCGAACGACAAUCGUUAUACAAAACGGAUAAUAGUAAUAAUAAUAAUGAUAUUCAACGUUCGUUACGUUAUUAAUUUCGUUGUCGAGUACGGUGAACGUUUACCUUGUUUGAAAAACGGACGUCAUCUACGAUAUUCCAACGGCUGUAACUUCCAAGUUGUAAGAACUAUUUACUAUUUGGUAAAUAAAAAUAUCGAUAUGUUAUCAGAAAACGUGCGCGCUUAUCACUUUCAGUGUUGCCAGGCCCCGACGGUGAUAAAUUAUAGAACGGACCGGUAUUAAUUGUACGGUGCCCGUUUCUCGCUAAUUUAUUACCUAUUAUUAUUAAUAAUGUUUUUAAUAUUAAAUUAUUAUUUGACGAGUACCAGGUAGUGCCAGUAUGAGGUAAUGGCCUCGCUUAAAGUCAUUUAUAUCCUCAAACGUUAGGCACGUUUCCAUGAGAAAAAUCCCUCUUCGUCAAUAUUGUAAAAUAUGCAAUUACCAUUCCAGGAAUAUGCAAUUUAUAUGCGUUUUCGUUUAAAUAUUCAAAACUAUACAAAAAAACAAAACACUUUAAAUCGAAUCGAAUCUACACGUCACGAGGAAACGUCGACAUUUUUAAUCAACAUUAUUUUAGGUGAAUACUUGUAGAACGCGCAUUUGUAUAUAAAUCCGAGCUCUACUUAUUAACAUUGGUAGAUACUUAUUAUUAUUAUUUUAUUAAUGUUUUUCGUUUCAUACACGAUUAUUAGACGAGUGUGUUAAUUAAUCCACCUUGAACGAUGGAAUAAUUUGGUAAUGGGUUAAUAAAUCUACGACUACCUGCAGUAGGUUGGGUUAGGUUAGUAAUUCACGGUAAGUGGACCGUUUUUCUCCUUUUUCUGGUACUUAUAGCUCAUCGCGAGUGCACCCCCUCCAUCCCAAGUCUGUGGGUAUUAUAGCGGUAUAGGGUAAAUUUUAAAAUAAAUAACGUUCACCACCAGUCUUUAUUUUUCUGAGUAGAUUUUAUGAAACUGUUAUUUUUCAUAUUGUUUUGUCGAAAUAAUAAUAUAAUAAUUAAGUAAAAAUAAUCAAAAAUAUUUUCCAAACGUUUGUUUGGUUUACGUCGGUGAUUUUGCGCAGUGACAAGACCGCGUAUCCAGACUCGAAACACAGACAAAAUUCGAGAUUUAACAGAUAAAUAGGUAUUAGCUAGAAAAAAAAAACAAAAAAAGAGAAGAAUACCUUGAUAAAUGUAUACAUAGGUAAUCGUUUUUAAAAUGUCAAAAAAUUAAAAUGAAUAGAUUACAAGGUGUUGACUUCAUACAUCUCUAUACAAUCAUUUCGAAAGAUAACAUUUUUCUAAUAAUAGUAAAUCGAUACACUUCAUUAAUAAGUAUGUUUUAUAUAUUUCCUUAAUUUUUUUUUAUUUUGCGCCAAUGCAAUGUUUCUGUUUUUUUUUUUUUUUUUUUAUUGUUUAACAAAUUUCACGAUCAACUUUUUACACAAUAUAACGAAUAAAUAUUCGCGGUAAUGACAUUGGGGACUAUAUAUUAUACCCGCACAUUCAUUGUUCCGAUAGUGAAUUCGAUUAUAAUAUUUUUCGAGUUGAUAAUAAUGAGGUGAUUUAUUUACACACACACACACAAAAAAAAAAACAAAAAUUGUACACGAAUUAUCCACUCAUUGAGCAAUGCGAAUAUUGUUGUAUACGUAUUAUUAUUAAAAUAUAAUAGAAUCCAAUACGUUUCCCACUAUGCAUUUACACACACGAUAAAAUUAAUUGAAAUAUACACUACAAUAUACAAUAAUAAUGUGCAAUAAUAUACACUGCAGUAUAUUGUUGUCACUAUCGCGCAAACAAUAAAACAAACGAAACCGUACAAAUAUCGAUUUUAUUUAAUUAAAUUUUUUUUUUUUUUUUAUCUGAGCCCUUCGAAACCCGAUCAGAUUCGGUUCAAUAUACAAUAUUUUAUACAGUAUAUUUCAGAGAUAUAAAUAUUUUGCGGUGGAAAUUUUUUUUUUUUUUUAUACAUUUAUUUGACCUCUGUAACAUUGCGCUACAUUCGUGCUCGACGGUUAUUUUAUAAUAUAAUUCGUUAAGUUCUUUAUUAUAUACCUACACAUAUUAUACAAUACUAUUAAUUGGACCGUCAACGGGCGACCCUACGGGACAUCUUAAUAAUCUUAAUAAAUCGUUGAAUUUUUUUUUUUUUCUGCUCUUGAUUUACCUCUUAGCGCCUGUUGGUUCUUAUAUACUAUGUAUAGAACACGCGUUUUAGUUCGGGAAUUAAAUAUAAUCAGUAUGUGCAUUAUAAUGUUAUUAUGCACUAUUAAUUAUACCUCCUUGCUAUGAAUAGUUUUUUUCGGUUUUGGUCGAAUUCAAAAUUCCUAUUAACUAGGUAAGUGCGUAGGUAUUCAAAUGUACCUUUAUCUUGUUUGUUAAUUACAUCGCAUAUUAAAAAGGUCAAAUAAUUUAUUAAUCAUGUUCCCAAAUUAUAAUAAUAUACCUACCUACCUAAUCAUUCGGCAGUUUAUUUUUGUUUAACUCGACGAGCUAAACUUGUGAAAUUUGGUACACUAGUUAAACUGAAAUCAUUUUCGUAGGUAUUUUCUUAAUUUAAUUCAUUAUUAUUUUAUUGUUUAUAAUAUUAUUGCUAUACCUUAUGUAUAUUUAUUUUUUCAAAACAUUAAAUAUAAAUAAUAUAACUAUUCCAAUUGAUGAUGUUAUUAUCAUACAUUUAAAAAACGACUCUUGCAACACGAAAUAGCUAGCGAGUGUUUAGCGAAUUUUAAGACGUACGCUUACUCGAAUAAUUUCAAUGGCCGGUUUUGUUGCAGUUUUUCAUAAUUUUCCGGGCAUUAAACUAAGAAUAUUGAUAAAUUGUACUUUUCCAAAAUACAAUGGGUACUUCACUAAUAUAUCUACACUGUGAUGUCGCAUUCAAUUAUUAGGUAUACGUCCAAUCAGUUAUACAUUUUAUUCGCUCUAUUCAGAAUUUAAAACAAAAUCUAUCUGUAAUAAAUAUCAAAAUCGAUUAUGGAUAUAUACGAUUUUUUGUGUAUCGUAAAAUAUGGACAACAUAGAUAACAACUGGGUAGCUCUUGAAAAUGAACAAUUUAUUAUAGAAGAUAAGUUCAUGUUUUUUUUCCUAAGUAUUAGAACCGUUCCAUUAACCAAACCGAACACUGACAAUUUAUUAUUAACGAAUCUCAGUUAAAAAAAAUGCUCUAUGUUUUUUUGUAUCAAAUAACAUGCGUAGGCCACUGUUGUAGGCGGGUAGUUGGAAUAUAGGAUUUAUAAUAUACCUAUAUUAUUAUUAUAUUAUAGAAUGUAGAGUGAUUUAGUUUAAAUACUUUAUGCAACGAUAAGUCACUGAAGACGAAAAAUAUUAUCGAGCGGAAUAGUAUUAGUCGUAUUUUUUCACCCUUUAUUGUCAAAAGAUAAAUCAGAAAUCAUCAAAAUUUAAAAAAAAGAAAAAAAACCCGUUAAAUAAAGGACCUAUAGGGAGUAAACUGCUGAAAAUGUUUUAAAUAAAGUAUUAUCAGACGAAUUACGCAUAUGGUUUUAGAUAUUACAUGAUAGAAUCGGAACAUUGUUACUGACGAAUAAUGUAGUUUUUCUGAGGCGGAAAACCCAGGUUCAUCUCUGUUAAACUAUUACUAAAACGUAUAGGUACCUAUUUAGAUAUUUCGUUGUGUACUCAUAUAUAUUUUAUUUAUUUAAAAUAUUACGGUCUAUUUUGUUUACAAUUAAAUCAACAUGAACAAUUAAAAAAAAAAAAGCAUUUAUAUAUUUAUAUACGAAUAUUUUUUAUAAGUACAGUAAGAAAAUAUACCUGCUAUUUAACGUUGCAAUAAAAAAAAAAAAAUAUAGGAGUGUUAAAUUGAACAUAAUUGAUACCUAAUCAAUUUUAGACCAAUUAAAGUUUCUUUUUCUGUCAACGACAUUAACGAGUAAUUUAUAUAAUUAAGAUAUUAUGUAUUAUUAUAUUAAUUCGAAUUAUAUAAUACUAAUAUGACUACGUCCAGCGGCGGCUCGAAGUAUUUUUACCUCGAAUCACCUAUAUAAAUUGUCCACUCACCCACCCGCCCCAACCCAAAAAUACCCCUACUCUACCACUAAUGUAAUGGAAUUUGUUAAAUUUCAAUAAAAUUUCGGCAGUCUAAAAUUCUUUUAAUGACUUUUGUAUUGUAAAAACCUUAUCAUUUUUGUCAUAUUUCUGAACACCCACGACCCACUCACACGGUAUAUUGUGAAUCGCGUGAUCCAAAUAUACCUCCUUCGAGUACCCUAUACGACUACGUCUACGCCAAAUUGAAAUAUCCAUGCAUUUAAUUUAAAUAAAAUAAUAGCUAAUUGUAGAUAAUAAUAACGUUAUUUAUGAAAACUGCAUGAGCUCUCGUGUCGUAAAUGCGAUUAUAUUUUAAUCGACGCCAGGCCUUCAUGUUUUUUAAUUGUUUAGUACUUAUACAACGAGUGCACCUGUAGGAUAUUUGACAAUCCAGAAAACGCAUACGGUAAUCGUUAAUAGUCAAUCGAACGUGUCGCGGAAAUAGUAUGUGAUUUUGGAACAACGCGCGUAUAUUGUCUCGGUUGUAUAAUAUUAUUAUUAGUACCAAAUGGCAUUAUAAAACACGAAACGCGCACUCUAACCAUAUUAUAAUAUUAUGUACCAUACCAAGGUCAUAUAAUACAACUGCAAUGAUGUCAUUAAACGGACGUACGAACUUUACCAAUAAUAAAAUACAUGUGUUUAAAAAAAAAACUCGUUUUAUCACCACUGAUAACAUAAACAUACAUAUAUAUAUAUAUAUAUAUAUAUAUAUAAAAUAUAUAUUAUUAUUAUUGUUAUUAUCAAUACGAUUGCCGGACUGCGCGAUUCGUUCAAAUUGAACUUGUAGCAUUAUUCGUACGAGUGUAGCGUCUAGUGUACCAACGAAAAUAAUAAUGUUAGUACAAAUAAUAACAAGAGACCCGGCUGUACAAUGAAAUAUUAUAAUAGUAUUGGGAUGCCUCGAUCGGGCGGAUAUAAAUUUUUUAUAAAAUAUUUUAAUACGAUAUUAUGCACGCAUUGAACUACCUAUAGUUUAGACAAAAAAUUAUAUCCGGGGGUUUAACAAAGUGACAAUUAUAACGUUUUAAAUGGGACAAAAACGUAUUAAAUAUAAACAAUAAACGCCAUCAUUAGAAUACCAUUAAACAAAGCCUGUAUCGAUAAACAAAAUAAUAAACCUAAUAUUAUACCGAUAAACGGCACGUAAAUAAUCGUAUUAUUAUAAUCGUAAACAGAAAACGUUUUAAUUUGGAAUUUAAGACAUAUUAUAGUAUUAUACAUAAUUUGUAAUUAUAUUUAUUUUUCAUUUAUCAUCGUCGACUCAUUAACGACUGACGAGAUAUUCCACUUCUAAGUUUGGGUAGGAGGAGAGUAGUGGAGCAUCGUUUUUAUGGCGAAACGACGCGAUGGUCCCCACUAUUUUCUCCCACCCAAAAUUAAAAGUGGAAUAUCUCGUCGACUGGUUGACGAAAAUUAAAAAUUUCAACACCAUAAUACGUUUUAUGUUAAUACUCCGUCUAUGUAUGGAACUUUUAAUAUACGUUGCUAUUUGAAAAUCAGAAAUACGUAUUAGUUAUAGUCGUUUCACCCCCAAAAAUAAGGGUGACAAAAAAUAAUGAAAAUAUACAUUUUUAGAGAUAAUUAUUGUUGUUCAAUUUUCUAAAAAAAUAAUUCCCAAAAUUUUUAAUACGGUCCGAUUUAUAAUGAAUUUAUUCUUAUCGAUGAUUGAUCACUCUGUAUACCAAAAUUUGCUCGUCCACCAACUCAAAAUACCGCGGUGGACCUUAUAUUAUCUGAUGCAGGACGGACACGUCGAAAAGUCGAAAAUUUGCAGUUUUCCAGACGAGGACUGCAAUAGUAGGCCAUCACAGGAGGACGUACAAAUUAAUAGGUCGCCGUCUCCAACAGAGCUUCUUAGAAAGAGGAGCACCGCACUAGGAUUAUUAUUUCUAUCAACAGUACAUAUUUUCGGUUGCGGUGCCGAAAAACCGCAAACCUAUUGGUAGUGGUUUAAAUUGUGCCGGAAAUGAUAAAAUGUAUUCAAUGAUACGUGUCAACCGGUUUAUGGAGCAAAAAAUUAACGUGACGACAGAACAAUAUAAUUUUCAAACGAUACAUAUACUUGAUAACUUAAUAAAAACGCAAAUGUUUUUAUAAGGUGGUAAUAAAAGCGAUUGCAUAUAGAUGCAUACAAUGCGAUUCACCAAACGUGUAAUAUAAUAUAUUUUUGUUGUUGCUGUUUUUUGACCUGAAAUGUUUAUUUCUAAACUUGUUUAGGCAUUUUAGACUUGUGGGUUUUUUUUAGUUUUUUUUGUUAGAUACUUGGUGGAUAAAACUGUUUGGUUAAACAGAAAUGUUUUAAAAUUUAACAUGAGGAUCAUAAUAAGUAGUGAUGAAAAAAAAGUAGAGCAUUAUGCAGUAGUUUUUUUUAAAUUUUUUUUUAUAAGAGUUAAAAUUAAAUUUUGACGAUAAUCCUAAAAAUUAUAGAAAAUAUUUCAAAAUAUGUAUAACUGAACUUCGCUUAGAAUCGUAUUUCGUGGUUUAUCGUUACUCACAUUUAUAAAUUAAAAAAUAUUCAUUCUUUAUGUAUCCUAACUUUCAAAAUUACUUUAUUUGCUUAAAAUAGCUCAACUAGACUCCAGUAAACAAAGUUAUGCAAGUUGGACAGUAGGUUUAUUUGAAAAACAAAACGGACAUAUUUAUUCGUGUGUCAGUUUUACAUUUCAAACCGAAAAUAACAUAUAGUUAUAGACCGCGAAGAGAAAUUAUUAGGAAUAUGAUCAAAUAAAACAAAAGACGAUCAAAUGUAUUAUUGCAGCAACAGACCGAAAUGUGGCAGUUUAUUAUAUUUUGUUCAUAAUAAAUUCGUCUUUUAGUUGAGAAUCAUGAUGUAAAAACGUCUCUAAUAAAAAUUGAGUAGUCUUGAUUCUUGAUUUACCUACCUACUUUAAAAAAAAAACAAUAAAACUGCGUAACAAAUCCUCGUGUCAAAAUUUGGCAGUAUUAUAAACUCGUACAUAUUUUUUAAACGUAAAACCGAAUAACUUCAAUACUGACACAAAUGUACAAACGGAGACGUAUUGGGCAACGACUUGCGGCAUUUUAUAGAUACAAUGUAUGGCUAUUUGCAUGGUGUCUAGACUCUUAAAAAUCACAAAUUUUCAGUUGUGGCAGUAUUGUACCGAUAGAGUGCGCUAUGUACAAUAUUAUACACUUUAUGUUAUAAAGUACUGAAUAUAUUAUACACAUCGUGUUGUUACGAUUGAAAAUUAGUUUAUUUCCGGGUCGCAUGUCCAAUGUCCUGCCAAAAUCAAUAACAACGUCUAAAUGGGUACCUACCAUGUAUAGGACAACUGCUAUACAAAUAUAAUAUACUACACGACGAGAAUGAAACCGUUUGGAUUUAUUACGAUUAAUCUGUAGCAUAUAAUCUCGCAGGAUUCGUGAAAUAUAGACAAUAAUAUUAUUGGACAUAGUGUUUUUCAGACCGGUAUGACUAUAGAGUUAUUAAUUGAUUUUGUUCGAAACGAUCGAUACCGGCCAACGUUUCGUUUUACACCUAUAUAAUAUCUGAGUCAAUUAUUAUUCUCGACUCAAGUUCGGUAGUGAACCCGCUGAAUUUCUUUUUGACGAUAUUGAUUACUGCAGCUAUAUACAGUAUUUUCCGUGCUGUUAAACUAUAUAUAAUUUGUAAAACACGGCGGUCACGGUGUGUAGGUGUGUGCAUCGAAUAAUAAUGAUAUGGGCGAAAAUAAUAGUAAAAAGAAAUCGCAGAAUUUGAUCGUGGUCAUAAAUAAAGUAUUAUUUAAUUUUAAUUUUUCAGAAAAAAAAAAAUGUAUCCGAUUCACGAACGAACAUAUUAAGUGAAUUUCUUUUUGGGACCAGACAUAGUAUCUUCUCGUUUGGACGAUGAUGACUGAUGGAUUUUACAAGAAUUCAGUUCUGCGGAGAUACGCAAACCGAUAUUAUUAUAGUUUACAACUCACUGUGACUUACUGGAAAAUGUGUAAUUAUUAAGCCGUGACGUUUAACCUAAACGUCGGUGUUAUUCAGUAUUUUAGGCGCCUUUUUUUUUUUUAAACCUAUAAAAUAGUUCGAAUGCAAAACAUCUUGUAUUACGACUUUUACGACGGAAAGUCAUUGCGAUUAUUUAUACGAGAUACGAUAACAGACAAACAAUUUUUUAUUAGAUUUGUUAUAUACGUGUUAUUGGAAUACCGUUUUUAAAAUUAAAUUUGUACAAUAUGAUUGCAUCUAAUACAUAAUUAUGCAUACAAUUGUUUUUCUUAUAAAGUUUUAACUAAUACGACACGGCAGUUGUAUAAGUAAGUGGAAACUAUGCCAAAAUCGUAUGUUUAAAUAUAUAUAAUUAUACGUUUAAUACUUAUUAUAAUUUUUAGAAUGAUCUGGCGCACUGUAAACAUUUUGCGUAGGUAUAUAGGUAGGUACCACUAGUGAAAUCUGCAAUAAUGAAUAAAAAAAAUAUAAAAAUAUAUGUAGAACAAUGACUCGCGAUAAUUGUUUACACGUUAUUUUAAAUGUAAAAUCAGAAUCGUAAUGCACGCAUCACUAUUCCUCUUUUUUAAUUUCUUUUUUUUCUGCUUGUUAUUAUUAUUUACUCAAUCAGCUAUUUUAGAAAUAGAAUUUGGAUUUUUUUUUUUUUUAGUUUACACGCGUUAAUUAUUUGAACUGUAGUAUUAAAAUAAAAUACCUUCUACGCGUAAUUGUAUUAUUGUAAUUUUGGAAUUGCACAUAAUACAUUCUUAUAUUACAUUCUUCGUAUAAUUUAUCAUAUAAGUUCCAGUGGUGAAUCCGAAAUUGUUCAAUGGAAGUACGGGGUUAGGUUUAGUUGGAGAAGGGAAAUUAUAUAUAAUAAUGCAAUCAAAAUACGUCUAAAAUUAGUAUGUAUAUCUAUACCUAUAAAGCCUAUGGUUAGCGUAUAAUUAAUAGGGUAAAUGUGCAAACAUUAUUUUAUCAGUUCUAUACGUUUUUCAACUUUGAAUAUUUAAUAUUUUUAUUUUUUUAUUUUAAUGAUGUGGGAGCUGAAGCUUCUUACCCCCUCCCAGUGACGUACAUAUUUGGGUACGCCAAAGAUGUACGUCACUUGGGUAUCUUUGAUACGGCCAACACGAUUGUUCAAACAUAGUUCAAUAUUAGUUAUACUAUUAUAUAAAAUAUUAUGAACACACGAAUACUUACGAAUAUAUUUAGUUACGGGUAAUAAUAUAUAAUAUUAUUAUAUUCAUAUAAUGAUUUUGUUUACACGGCCAUCCGAUUACGGUAAUGUUCAUAAUGUAAUAUAAUAUAUUAUAGCGACCUUGGGUCUACUCGAUUUAGAAGUUAAGUACACUAUUAUUAAUAUUCUUUUUAGUACUUGUAAAAUAUUGUAAAUUAUUAAAAACUUCUCAGCGAUACCAAACCAAACCAAAUAUUUCUAUAGUGUGGCGCAUUAACUUUACAAACUCUUCGACCCGCCCAUCCCUUAUUUAAUAGUUUAUAUUUCAAACUAGUAUUACACUACAUAUAGUACCUAAAUCGGCUAAAAUAACUCUUCUCUUAAAAUAUCAAAUUAGUGUGGUAUCGACUUUCGACGUAUAUACAUUUAUGUUUACAACACGGCCCUAAGUAUUUUCAAACUAAUCGCCGUGCCGCCGACUUAAUGUGUAGUAAUAACUGUAAUAUUAUAUUUUAACUGUAGUUCGGGUGCUGCCGAAUCUGUUUAUGGUUUCAAAAAGAAAAAAAAAUUAACCUUUGCAUGUUAUUGAUUGAAAAGUAUAAUAUGUAAUUAGGGUUUGAGAUAAUUUGUGUAAACAAGGAUUUUAACCUUAUUUCUCGAAUUCGAGGACUUUCAAUAAUUACUAAUGUAAUUUACUAUGUUGUGAAAUACUGUCUUAGAUCUAUCAACGUUUAUUAAAUGGAUACAAAAUAUUGUAUCAAUAUGACAACGAAUAUACAUUAAUAUAAUUUUAAAAAAUUUGUAAGGAGACGUUAGGUGAGGUAAUAUUUUCAAAAACAAAUUUAUUUUUAUUUUUUAUACCAAAAUACCAUAUACCUAAAUACUUUUAACAAUUACCAGUGUGAUAAAAUACGUUUUUAAUGUAAUGUUUCAGCCAAAAGCAUUAUUUUUCACAUGUAUGGACAGCCGUAUGUUACCGGCCAGAUUUACCGAAACCAACGUUGGUGACAUGUUUAUUGGUUAGUAUCCGUUUGAUAAUUCAGGAGUAAUAUUCACUACAAAAAAAAAAAAUUAUGCCUAAACGGAAUAAUAAUAUUUAGUGGUGAGUCGAUAUAUAACUUUUUCCUGGCUCCUGAUAAUCCGUUAUUUACUGCAAUAUAAAACCGAUAACCAGUCCGAUAUUUAAAAUCGAAAAUCACGAGUUGAUAUUGAUAUAAAGCGAUGUAUCGGUUAAAAACCCAAUUUUCGACGCUUUAUUAUAUUUCAGAUACAUUAUUAAACGUUUUUUUUUGCCGAAAAUAUUUGGUAAAAUAUCAGUUUUGGGAAAAUUUCAAUAGCCUCAAUAUCGGCCGAUACACGAUUUACAUUUAUGUCAAUGCUCACCACCAAUAAUAUUUCAUGUUAAUAGUUCUUGUAAUAUCGAUGAUGUUAAACGUGCAGUGUUUAGAAUGUAUAUAUAUAUAUUUAAUGCAGUUUACAUUUUGAAUGUGAUUUAUGACAACUUUUUCAAAAGCUGAAUUUCAAUUAAAGACACUCGAAACUUAAUUUAAUCUGUAUAGUAGGCAUAACUAUGGUAAAAUCUUUAUUACGUUUUAUAAAUGCAAUUUGAAAUCGUCACGUAAAAACUUGAUUCUAAAAUAUCUUUUUCAAUGUAUAUAAAUAACGAAUAAGUAAAUACCGAAUUAUUGAAGUAUAAAAUAAAUUUGUUUUUAUACUAUUCUUUUCGUCAUUGAUGAAAAUAAAAUACCCUUUUACUAUAAUAUUUUAUGCGUAUAACGACUAUAUCCAUCGAGGAGAUACAUAUAUGAGUAAAACAAAAUCAAAUCUCACAAGAAACGAUUCUGAUCGAAGUUUACUUAAACAUAUCUUGGUAAACUUAAAUUGAGCAUUUUCCUAAUUAUUUAUUCGGGAGAAGUAAAAAUGAAACCGUGCCCUGAAUUUCUUGCACAAUGCGUUCGUGUAUGUUUGUAUGCAUGCAUAUUUCCAUUCGUAAAUAGUCGAUUUAAUUUGUAGAAAACGCCGAUUCAUCUCGCGAUCGAUUGCCGGUUGUGGCGUAAGUUAUUGUAGGUACACGUUUCAGCCAUACAAAUAUUUUUCACUAUAUUGCAAAUCGAAUUGCACUCGAAUUUUUUCGCGUACAGAUAAAAACUAUCGUACCCAUAACCUAUAUAUUAUAAUAAUAUAUUAAACUAUGUGUCCCGUACGGUUUUGCCCGUGUAGGUAUCUGUGCCCCAACACCUGUGCCUGUGCCCCAAUAAAAAUAGUGAUUUUGAAGUAAUAAUUAAUAUAAAUUUAAUGGUUGUAACUAUUACAGACAAUUGCUAGGCCUCGUACAAAACAAAUAUUCUAUGUGUCAAUGGCUGCUGCAAUAUUUGUUUUAGGAUAGUUAUUAAAUGGUACUUGAUAUUUGAUAUUCCUCGUAGUUUGCUUAAUUAUGGGGAAUGUUUUCCAGGUUUGUGAAUAUGAUGGCGAUGUUAAGGUGUUAAAUACAAUUUUAAAAUCCUGAAGUAUAAUUUGAAAUUGAUUUCGACGCCACUGACGAAAAAAUUACUAUACUAUCUAUUUUAGUGCUUGCCCAUAAAUUCGUAAUCGUAGAUUAUAAUAAUAGCGCCCUGAUCAUUAUAUUUAAAAAACCAAAUAUUGAAUAUCAAUAACUGUUUCUUUAUCCAUAUGACCAAUAAUAGGUACUUAACCCAUAAAAAAAAAAAAAAAAUCAGUUUUCGAAUUACAUUAAGACCAAAAACCCAAGUGUUGUUCAUUUUGUAUAGCCUAAAUAUCGCCUUAAAAUAUAAUAUAUAAUCUAUAUACCUUGCAGUGAAAGUGCCGUCGGUCGUUUUCGAGAUUAGCCGCGUAAAAACAAACAUUUUAUUAGUAUUUACAUAUGUUAAUAUUGAAUUAUAUAUUAUAUUUUCUAAUUUUUUUAUAAACGGGUUUUUGAUUUUUAGUCAGGAACGCCGGCAAUCUGAUUCCGCAUUCGCAACAUUUCCUCGACGAGUAUACGACGUGCGAACCGGCGGCUCUGGAACUCGGAUGUGUACACAACGAUAUAAGGCACGUUAUCGUUUGCGGCCAUUCCGAUUGCAAAGUAAUAACUAAUAAUUUUGAACAUAAAUUAACAACCGCGGCGAAUAAAACGUUUGUCGACCUAGACUAGUGACGAUAGCCAGUCUCUUUAUACUAGUUGAAACUAUACGUACCAUAAAUAUUCCGAUAUAAAAAUAAUAGUACAAUAUAGAAACUCGUUAGAUGAGCUUUAUCGUAUCGUAUGUCACAACGAAAAAGGUCGUAUAUCUCGAUUUUUAUACAACAAUAAUUAUUUAAUAUUUAUUAAAAUUGCUGAAAAUAUACUAAAAGGUCGGAUAGAGUGAGAAACGGUCUUUAAGUUGCGGCAUCGGUGGAAUUAAAUUAAUCGAAACAGAAAAGUUAAUAUAUAUAUAUUUAUAUUUUUACACAUGAACUAUACGUAUUAUACUCGACUGAUUCGAGUAAACACAAUUUUUAUUUUUUUUAAAUACUAUAUAAAUAACGGUUAUUUUUCGAAAAAUGACCGAAUAAGAAAAAAUAAAUUUUGAAAUUACAUUUUAUAAAGAAUAAUAAAUAAAUAAAUCUAAACAAAUAAAAUAUUACGUAUGCAACAUAAAAAAAUAAUUAUUAUACAGGCAAAAAGAAAAAUAACUAAACAAAGUCUAAAGUUGAUGAUUUUUGCAAUUGAAACCAGUCGUAUUUACACACAACUUAUAUAGUAUUCCAGUCUUUCUUUUAUUAUUUAUUCAUGUACCUAUUUAUUAAUUUUUUUGUAUUGCAUAUAUCAGGGUGGACCUGGAUUUUAUUGUUUUUUUUUUUUUAUUAUGUACCUAUUUAGACAGUAAAAGAAUUAAACUAAUAAAAUGGCUGUUUUUGAUCAAUUUGAUGCUCAUAGCCUCUAGAUUUAUAUAUUUAGAUAUUCACAAAUUUAAGUAAUAUCCUGUGGUGAUAGCAAAUUUGGUUUUUCAAAUGAGAACUUACAUAUUUUAAUGCAAGUUAUGAAUCAGAUGUUCAAAAACUUUGACGUAAUUGAAAUGUGAACGAAAAGUUUCUGAGUUAUUCUACUUUAAAUUCUAAGAAUAAAUAACUAUAGUAUACUUGACUAAGAAGUAUUAAAAAUAUUUUAUAUUACACAGCUAAUUAUAAUUACCAAACUCGUAUCCAUUUAUAAUGCAUUUAAUAGAAUAUUAUCCUUAGUAUUUAAAGUAGAAUAACUUCAAAUUUCGAUAACAAUACGUCAACAUUUGCAGAAAAAUAUCCAUUCCUGAAUUUGCAUGAAAACAUACUUAGAAGUUUUCAUUUGAAAAACCAUAGUUGGUAUCACCACAUGAUACUCUUCAGAUGUUGUGAAAAAUCUAAGUGAUUGAAAAUAUCGUCUUAUAAAGUAAUAACUACACUUAAAAUAUUGAAAUUUGAAUAUAUGUAGAAUUUAACGAUAAAAAUUUGGUGUGCAUGUUUGAAAAAUUAUGUAUACAUUUUAGAUUCUUAGCGGAGUGAGGAAUGUAUUGGUUUUACAAUAAUGUUUAUUUAUUUUUUAUUUUUUCUGUGGACAACUUUUCUACCAGCAAUUUUACUUCGAUUUUCAAUUAUAGUACAUUUUUAAAAGAGAAUUUUACUUGGUGGUACUUUAUGAUAAUCAUUUUUUGAUUUUCCUAAAUUUUCAUUUUCAUAAAAAAUAGAAAAAAACACGGGGAAAACAGUAAAAUAGGUAAAAUAUUAAAUAAAUAUUAUUAAAGAAAAUAUACAAUACAUAUGUAAUUAUUUUACCAUAAUAUGACAUAUACCUAAUCUCACCUACAACAGUGGCCCACCCACGUGCUAAGCAUGUUCAUCUUUUUUUCGUUUGAUUAUAAACUAUAUAAAUAGUUGGUUAUAAAAUAUUUUUUUUAUAUAUUACCUACAUACCAUUUACGGGACAAUAAUUUAAGACGUUUUAUAGACCAUCUUUAUACUGAUUGUUUGGCCGCACCCCUCGUACCUCGCAUGGACUUAUUAUUGGUAUACUGUGGUAACAACCCUAAUUUCACGGUGUUCAUUAUGGCCGCGCCCGCGAUCACUGCGUACACACAUCACAGACACAGUUGUACAUAAUACCUAUACAAAUAAGUUGUUUAUCUUUAUUGUAGGUUUAGUAAAGGAUUUUUAUUAAUUUGUUAUGAUUAUUUUUUUUUAAUAUCGAUUCAUAAUAAUUCCGCACGAGUAUAUUAUGCAAAGUAAAAAAUCCAAUAGCCAUAGAUGUGUCGUGGUUCUUAUAAUUUUUCGUGUCCAAACAUACCUCGAUCCUUUAUAUUUUUUUUUUUUUUUUGGCGUCCAAACGUGUUUUACGAUAUUAUUCAAACGUGAUAUAUGUUUGGAGUCACUAUAAUAAUAUAUUGCCCAAAUGUUCUUCGUCCUAAAUAACUGGAAAUCCAUUUCGAUAUAAAUAAAUAUAAUAUAAUACAAUAUACAUUGGUGAAUUUCGGAAUUUUUUUUCCAGACAAACUGCUCCCUCUCUUCCGUAAAACCAAAUAGAUGUGUAAUUUCUCUUAGUGUUUUUAAAUACGUGUUUCAUCCGUACGCAGCUUUAAUGUUUUAAUAUCCAUAAAUACAAAUACGAGAUAUUAUGCAUGCAGUUUUAUAAGAAAUAUGCGUCGGAUUGUGAGUAAUUUUUACUUAAAUUGAUUAAAUUUUGACAAACUACGAUUAAACACCUUUAAGGCUUUAACAUACGAUAUUUUUAUUACGUUACAAUGAACAUACAUAUUAUAAUAAUUAAUAACAUUCAUGUAUAUGCUAAGAAUUAAAAUUCGCGGUCGACGAAUUUGUAUACCUAUUAUAGGUUUUUACUUUGCACGCCACAUUAUUCCUUUUUCUAUAUACUCGAAGUAUCCAGUGGCGCUUAAACUACUAUAUGGUUAAUGUACAACGAUCGGUAUACAUUACGUGGGCGGUGGUGGUUUGAAAAAUGACUAGAAUUGUAAUAUUAAGUUGAAGUUGAUUAUAUACCGUAUACGUUAAUACAAGUAAUUCGAGAUUUUAAGGAAGAAUUUUGUGUAAUAUAUGCUGGCGUACUGUACGAAUCUAUACGUACAAUGAAAUAUGAACUGUUAAGAAGUAAACAGAAUGGAUAGGGCAAUAGGGUACGCCAAGUCAGUGUGCUAUUAUUUCGGCUUUUUAUACCGGCUUUUACAGUCCGCGAAGGACUUUUGCUGCCUCUCCACCUAUCUCGGAUUCUUCAACGGCAUCUAUUCUUGUGCUGCUAUACACCGGUGGUUUUCAACCCGGGGGUCGCGACCCGCAAAGGGGUCAUGAGUUAGAUAGUUGGGCGUCCCCAAAAAUCGUAAGUAUAAUGUAUACUGUAUAUCGUAUAGGAUUCAAGUUCUAUAUUGAACGGUUUUUAGAAAGGUCGUCUUGCGUGGAAAAGAAAUAGGCCGUCGCGAUUCGUAAACGUCUGAAAACCUCUGUGCUACGCACUAUGUAAAAGAGUCGCGUGCGCAGGGGUGUGGUUAGGGGUUAUAUCUUUCCCUCUCAUUGGCUUAAAUUACAAAAAUUAAAUAUGAAUAAUCUAGUAUUGUAAUGCAUAUAUUUCAGCCAAGUUUGAUGUAUUAAUUAGGGAUUGGUUUUUUUUUUUUGAAAAUCUGGCUUUUAAAUUACCAUCAAUUUCCAUAGUUGACCAUUUUACGAUUUAUUCACGAUUCUUAUUCGCUAUACGUCUCCUCCCGUUAAAUUUUCUGGGCACGCCACUGACUGUAGAGAUAUAUUAUAUAGAUUAGGUGCCAUUGAUGACAUGUGAAUUAUAACAAUAAUAAUAAUAUUAUAAUAUCAUAAUAGACGUGUAACGACAUUUAAUUAUUACCCCGUCCGUUCGAUAUAUUCACAGGCAAUGAACUUGUUGCACCUGCUCAGGGACACGGAAUUCGCUAGCAUCGACAAUCGCCGGCUGUCACCGCUACGCUCAUGGCUCUGCACGCACGGCAUAUCGUCUCUGGACAAGUACAUGCAGCUGGAAGCGGCCGGUUUCGAUACGCCACUCGUUUUCCAGGCCGAGACACCCUUGCGCAAGAUUAUCGCCUACAUCGAUCCGGAAAACAAGUUUUCCGUCACAGACAAAUUGUCGCAGGUGUGCAUAAAUAUUAACACCUCUAUACGUCAUACAACGUGAUAUAUAAUUUUUAUCCAUCUAUUUAAUAUUAUUGUUGAUGUUAACGUGACGUUUUCGACAUAGUUUUCAAUCCUAAGCGAUAAUUUAUCGUUGGGCGUCAUAAUGCGUUUGAGUGAAUUUUUUUUUUCCCGCGCAUAAUCAAAAUAGUGUGUUCCUCAUAAUGUGUUUGAGCGAAGUUCUAAAAUAACGUGUCUGAGUGAGUACGUUAUCAAGUGCAAUGUAAAAGAUAGAGGAUAAAAUUGUAAACAGCACGUACUAAAAAUGUCGCAGAAUACCUGCACAAUAAUAUUUCACAAUUAUUGGUUUUUCUGUAUCCUCAAUUGGAUAAGAUAGGUAACAAAAUUUGCGAUUUCCUUGUAAGAGAUACGUUAUACCGGCACCACAACUUGAACUAUAAUAAUCUACAAUAAUAUUUUAUUGAUCUAAACUUAAUAAUUAUAGUUUUUCAAAUAUCGGGUUUGCUUGAACAUUGGAAACGUGAAUUCGUUAAAAUGUUUUAGUUAUUAGUAUUUAAUAUUAUAGUUCAUAGUUAUUAUUAAUAAUUAUUAUGAGUCGUGUACCAAACAUGGAUCAUAAAAUUAAAAAUAUGCUAUUACUCUAAAGUCACCCUAACACAUUAGAAUAUUUUAAAAUCACUCGACCAAAUGCAUUGUGGAAAAUUGCCCAAACGCAAUGCAAAUUUUAAAAAAACUCGCCCAAACGCAAACCGCCCAUAUCAUUGUACGUAUCUAUCUAUAUAACUGUUUGGUUAGAUUUGAGGAUAAAUAAAAAAAAAAAAACUAUUUAAAAUUCAUCAAUCGUUCGUUUUAAACCAGUAGCGGCACGCGGGAUGGUGCGUGAUGAGGUUGGGAGUUACAUCCUACAACUAUAUAUGCGUGUUUAGUGAUUUAAUGUUGAAAUACAGGUAUGGUGUUGUAUUUAUUUCAUCCGUGUUACAAAAAAAAUCUUGAUUUAUUUAAUACAAAUCGGUAUUUUCGAUUCAAUCUCGUUUUGAAAUCCGACUUUUAAAUUCCCAUUAUCGGUUUAUGUAGAUAACUUACAUGGACCACAUAAAAUGCGUAAAUAAAUUAUUAGGAAUAACUUGAAUUUUAAAAAAAUUACUAGUUAUUACUUUAGUUAUUUUCUAACAUUCUAUUUUUUUUUUUAACUAUAUAGUUAAGUUACCAAAAAGUGACCUACCAUUAUUUAACUUUUUAACUAGUUAUUGCCCAGCUUUGUACUAAAUAGAAACUUGACUAAAUUAACUAUUAACCAUUGCCUACUAAUCGUGUAUCGCGCGCAUGCAUAUAAAAUAACUCAAACAUUUUAUAUACUCAGGUUAACACUCUGCAGCAGUUGCAGAACAUCGCCAGUUACGGUUUCCUCAGGAAGCGUCUGGAGUCGCACGACUUGCACAUUCACGCCUUGUGGUUCGACAUAUACACCGGCGACAUAUACUAUUUCAGCAGACAGAAGAAGAAAUUCGUGGAGAUUAACGAAAUGAACGUCGAAAAACUCGUGGAGGAGGUCUCGAAGUAUUAUUGCUAAACGACAAAAUUAUUAUAAGUACUUACCUAUACAUAUACAUUAAUUGUUAUGUCGUCGGAUUAACAAUAAUGAAGUGCUGCCAGACGUGCUUUUACGCCCACACACACACACACACACACACACAAAAACACACACGCACACACACACAUACAUGUACGCGUUUAGAGACGCCACGGAGAGACUUUUAUUCAUAAUACAAUGUUAUAAUAUUAAUUAUUAAUUGGUGCUUAACAGUGGCAGAUAGGGCUAUUUUUCGUUGUCGGCAAUUUAAUUCAAGGGUCCCUGAAUAAAUAAAAAAAGAUAUCGAGACCGAGUAACAAAAGCCCUACGAUUAAGUACAGAUAGGGCCCGCUGGAAAAAUUCCCGAUUUCCCGAUAGGCCCAAAUAUCCGCCACUCGUGCUUAAUAUUAUCGAGAGUACAAACACAGAACAAAAUAUUUUAACGAUAAUUAUAAUUACUAUUUUUUUACACAUAUACUUAUAUAGGUAAUUAUUAAACGUAUAUAUUUUAUAUUCCAGUAAACUGUACAUUCCAUGUAACUAAACUUAACAUUUACAUUCCAAAAUAUAUACGGCGUACUUAAUUUUAACUCGUAUACAGCUAUAUAUUAUACUAUUUUAUUGUCGUUUUUUCGAUUUUUUUUUUUUUAACACUAACGGAUUACGAACCUUCAUAUUAUUAUCGUACAAAUAAUUUAUUUAUAUUUUUUAUAUUUCCGCGCAGUUCAUAUAUUAUACAGGGUGUAGCCAUACAUGAUUUGACCAUUGCAUAUACUAUAGGCAAUUAUUGUUGUACCAUACAGAUACACUCUGUAUACGUAGAGUAACACAGAGGCGGCGUUAUAAGGUAUCAGCUGAUAUAUUCCGUGCGUUCUUCAUAUUCAACAAUUUUCCUCGUCAAAAUAUCAUUAUAGUUUUCAUUCCGGACUGAUUAUUGACGAUAUAAGCCUAAUCAAUUCUAUGGCCUCGCGUUCCAGCCUGCAUGUUUAUUGCUCGUCCGUCGGACGCAUCGAGAGGCAUCCGAUUGAAAUUGUCCGAAGAACACCGCGGAAUCCGUUCCCCACAAACGUCUAGUAAAUCAGCGUGGCCUGCACGUUUUAUAAAAUAUGUAUAAGAACAGUGCAAAUUGUCACGUACUACUACAGACACGCGUCUGUUUUUUAGGGAACUUUUUGUAAUCGGACAUUUUUUCUCGACCGAUUACCAAUUGUCGCGCUAGUGAAAUAUGAUUAAACGCGUCGUCACAUAAUAAUAACGAUCGAUUUUAUUUCGACGCCGGCGCCUGCUCGUGACUUCGUAAUUUCGAAUAUACCGAACGCCGUCCGCCGCCCCUGUGUCGCUCAAUUAUGGCGUAUUUAAUGUCGGGCAAAUAGAUUAUCGGUUUUAUUAGUAUUAAUGUUUACAUUUUAUGUUAAAAACAAAAAAUAUACAUAUAUUUAUAUAAUAUUAUUUAUCAUAUAGUUAUAAUAUAGAUAC